UUGAGAAUGAGAGACAUGGGAAUUAAUGAAGGCAUUGUUUCAUGCAGAAUACAUCUGUUAUUCAGCCCAGUGUUCAAGUGACACAUCAGUCUGUGCUCUUUGGCAACUCCCUCCUUUUUCUUUGAUACAGAGAUGAUGAGAGUAAAUGAUGCCAGAUCUCCGAAUCAGGCAUGUGAGAAUGGGAUUUCCUUGGAUCUCUUCCUUCAUGUCUCUCUUGUGCCUGCUUUCCUCAUCAUGGCUGUGCUGUCAUUCCUUCAGAAGAGGGCUGGACGGACUGCCAUCGACAACAAAUUCCCUGUUCUCAACGGUCAUUUUGGGAUAGUUGUUCCCUUAGACUUCAUCGGAAGCCUGAGCAACAGAUGGUCAUAUGGGUUUGCCUUUGGGGCAGUAUCGUCAAGCGUAAUGCUACUCUUCUCAGAGGCUUACCUACCAUUCAAUGUUCCAGCGUGGGCCAGUGCCAUUGUGUACCUGGUGGGCGCUCUGGAAGUGGGCCUGGCAUACUUCCCUUUCUUUGCCUGCCUUUCAACCCCCUUCCGGGCCGUUGGAGGCGUGCUGGGGCUUCUCUAUACAAUGGCAUGGGUUAUUGUCACACUGUGGGACACCGUGACGUGCCCGGCUGGCAAUGUGCUUGGGAGUUACCAGAAGCCAGUGCUCCAGUGGCCCUGUAUCGUGUGUCUGUUCUUUCUGCUGGGGCGCUUUGUCCACAUGCUGGUGAAGGCACUGCGCAUACAUCUCCAGCUGGAGCGGGAGGAGGCACAGGAGCAGCUGAUGGAGACUCACCAGGCUAAGUACAUCCAGAGCUUACUGAGGAGAUCUAACAGGAAGAUGGAACAGAGCUGGUUUCAGAGGAAGGUUUAUGCAUGGGACCCAUACUUCAAGUUCCCCAACAGAAUGAUUGGCACUUCCAUCAUUUCUCUAAUCGGCCUGUACAUAAUGACACUGGCAGACUACAGCCUGAGUGACUACGCCUUCGACAAACUGGACACGCUGAAGGAUUCCUUGAAGGAUUUGGUUGCUGCCUGCAAUGACACAAACAAUGCAUUUGUGGCCUGGAUUCCCCAGCUGGAGGAGUUCAGCAAUGUAGCCCGGGGUGCCUGGCUUGCCACAACUAUUUUUUCCAGCCUAACCUCUGUGACAUAUACAUUCCAUGUGUUGGUCUGUUACAGAAAGCACCUGAGGAGGUUAUGGGCGGGACAGAAGUACUUCCUGCCAGAGAGGUACCACAACCCCAGUUCUGCUGUCAGCGUGGCAGCUAUUGCAAAAUACUCUGGCUGGCAGAUUGCCUUUACUCUGUGGGGCUAUCUGAUCAUUCACUUUGUCCAGUUCCUCUUCGCACUGCUCAUAGCGUACCUGUUGGUGCUUCCUGUGCGCCACGGAAGAGGGAUGGCCGCGCUGGCUAACCUCGGCUUUGUCCUCUUGACCAUGGGCAUAGUGAUGGCACUGGUCACAGUUCAGCUAGUCCUCGUUCAGGUCUUCUUCCUUCAAGACAAGAUUUCCCCCACUGACAAACAGAAGCCCUUAGCCCUAAACAACAGAAGGGCCUUCCACAACUUCAACUAUUUCUUCUUCUUCUACAAUGUGAUCAUGGGACUGAGUAACUGUGUGCUGCGGCUGCUGGUAAGCUGUGUGGUGGGGACCUGGCUGGUGUCACGCAUCGAUCGCACCAUCAUGCAGAGGGGCUAUGAAUCCCUGGACCCAGGGUAUAGCACCUGGAUCGGCAUGAUCUUCGCUGACCACUACCAUGGCAACCCUGUCAUGGUCUGUUUCUGCCAUCUCCUGCUGACGGACAGGCUUCAGAGACAGAGAGCAGCUUCGUCGUAUUCUCAGUUCAACCACAUAUCGACCGCGUCAGUGGCGGGUAGCAGGGCGCGGCGGAGAUGGCGGCUGCUCUACACCCUGAUGAGGAACCCUCGGCUGAUCCUGCUGAGAAAACACCACACCUCCGCCCUGCGCCCCGGCCUGGACACCGCUGCACGGGCCUAUGUACUGGCCUCACAGAUUGAGAGGCCCGGGGGAGACAGUCAGAUCCACGCAUCGGAGACUGGGCAGACGCCCAGCUGCUGAUCAGUGCCCUGGCAGAGCCUAUUGCUUCGGCUGAGUGACCCCCACCUCCAUGCCCGACUGGUUCAGUCCUGUUACCCCUCAGCAGUCAGUAAGGUGGAACCGUCCAGCAGGUUGGACUGAAGCGAUCAGAUGCGCCUGUCCGAUUCUCAAAAAACAUCAGCAUGCAGUCUCCUGUUGAAGAUGAAGAUUCCAGUCACAGAAAAGACAUCAUGCUGUUAAAUGCAGUUGGUGACAAAACAUUAAGUGGAUGGCAGUCACAGCCUCAUUUAUUUUAGUAUCAUGACAGAUGUGGGUACAUGCUCUUUAUCUCUGAAGUUUGUUUUUUUAAUCAUCACCUUCUGCUUCACCUCCUUUUGUUAGUUUCCCCAUCGCCUCUUUGUGUACACUUGAGACGAUCUCUCCAGUUUACAGCCAGAGGCAGUUGUAGCUAUUCUGUGGCUCCAUACAGAAGGCAGGUCGUCAGCCUGUCCUGAAGACACAAAGCCGUAGCACUUCCCCAGAAGGGCAGUCAACGCAACCCUGAAAAUAUGGAUCACAGAUGGCUCAGGAUUGUUUGUUGUCUGCUAAUGAUUUCUUUUGGUCUAUUUCAGGGCAAACAAAAGUACUUCAAGCAAGCUACCAUUAGCUGUGAACCUCUCAAAUGGCCCCCUGGCAGAAGUACAAAACAACACCUCCCCCUGAAACACAUCAGCCAGCACACACACACACACAGUUUUAAAACUGUGUGUUUUAAGUUUUAAGACACAGGUGAAAAAUACAAUUUAUGUAUUUUAGUCCUUGAUGAGCCUCUGGUUGCAUGGUUACACAUUGUUGUAUCAUUUACUAUUCAACCCAUGCUUUUGUCUGAACAAGUAUCCCAUUGGAAAAGCUACUCAAGCUUCCUGACUUCUCAAAUAAGUUUGUCAUCAGUUUUGAAAUCAUGCCCUUUGACUAUCUGGAUUCCAUUAAUGUACCAGAUGCUGGCUCUCAGUUGAUGUGACAGACUCCUUUCACUUUUGUAUCUGUAUGACCUUCCAUUAGUCUGCACAGCAAUAAAUAUUCAUAUGUACACAGAUGACACAGUUAUCUCAGUUAGUACCAAUACUAGUCAGGAAUCAGUAAUGAUUGAUACAUCAAAGCGGCUCGAUCACCCCUUCCUCAGCUCAAAGGUGAAUAAAGCCAUGGGAACAUGUUUCUCUAUGUAGACAUUUAGCAUCAAAUCAAUUUUACAUUACUGUA